AUGACGCGUUGGGUGGAGAGCCACCAGGCUUUCAUAGCUUUCAAGGAGCUUCUUAUACCGAUCGUGCAGUCGUUGCUGGAGCUGGAGCAAGAAGUUGGUGAAACCGGAGCUCGCUCCUACGAACUUCUGAGCGCGAUUUGUAAAUGCCAGUUCGUGACGUCUUUAUUCAUCAUCGAGAGUUUCUCAUCUCUUUUUUUGCCCUUGUCCGUGAAACUUCAAGCGAAGGAGCUUGAUAUUUUCGCGGCACUUGACUUAGUGGACAACGUACUCCUUGUCUUGAGGCGGAGGCGAGAAGCUGCGAUCGAUGGAUUCCAACAAAUUUUGGCUAGAGGUUACAGAGAUUCAAGUGAAGAGUAUUUUCGAGUGACGAGUUACAUUCCGUACCUCGACAGCUUGAUCGAUGGGUUUAUCUCACUGUUCGCGGAUGCGAGACAGGGCGCCCUGAAGGUCCAGUGUUUGAUACCCAAAUUUGCAGUGAGAAGCUCUGUCACGGAUCUGCAUCCAGCGAUCGAGUUUUACGAGUCCGAUCUAAGCUGUAGUGUUAACGUCGCAAAAGCCGAAUUCGAAAGGUGGCGCGCGAAGUGGAUGGAAGUCCCGCAAAACGGAGUGCCUGCAAGCGCCAUAGAUGCACUGAAUCACUGCCCCGCAGCUGAUUUUCCCAAAAUCAAUAUCCUCUUGAGAAUACUCGCUACAUACCCAGUAACCACCGCUUCCGCAGAACGUACUUUCAGCAGUCUUAGAUUGCUGAAGACGUAUUUGAGAUCUGUGAUGGGCGAGGCUCGCCUGAAUGGAUUAGCCUCGAUGAGCAUCCUACGGGGCAUCGACGUCGAUCCCGAGGAGGUCAUCGACUCCUUAGCUUCGAAUGCGAGGAAGCUAGAUUUUGUCUUGUAG